UCCUGAAUCGACGGCAAUGUCUUCAUCAGAUUCCUACAUUCCAGGUGAUGAUUCAUCAAAUUCGCAACCUAUUCCUUCUUGUGAAAGUGUAACCCCUCCACCAAAUGUAGAAACAUUGAUGGUGACUUUGACUGAAGAGUCCGAAGCUUUUGCCAAGAAGCUUAUUGAAGAUGUGAAAGGAUUUGUCAAUAGCAGGACUACAUCUAGAGAGGAACUAAAGGCUAUGAUCAGAUGCCUUAAGAGAUGCAUCCUGAAUUUGAACUCGAGUUUGGAGGCAGAAGGAUUAGCAGUUGAUACCUCGGUGGUUCAACCUAAGGCCAACAACUUGGAAGGAAGACACAUCGAGGAGUAUAGAGACGACGCAAACGAGCUUUGGAGAUUUCUGAAGAGUCAUACACUGGAGAACUACUUAACUGCUUUGCAUCCUCUUCCUACAACUGAAAGUAGCGAGGCCUUGCGAACUCUUCAAAUCAUCAGAACUGAGGUGCGUUAUUGUGAAAAUCUAAUUGAUCGAGUGAUGUAUGAAGGUUAUAAUUGCAUAAAUCUGGAUGAGGAAGAUGACGAGGAGGAGGAGGAGGAGGAGGAGGUAGAUGAUGAUGAUGAUGAUGAUGAUGAUGAAUGAGGAAGAGGAGCGGAGAUGGCGAGAUGCAUAAUCGAGUUAUUAUGUCUGUGUUAACUUAGAUUAAUGUUUAAUUAACCUAUAUGUGGUUUUAUGUCUGUGUUAACUUAGAGUUAUGUUUUGUUUAAAACCUAAAAUGUUUGUGUUCUCUAUCUUGUUGUAAGACAUGCAAAUGUUAUGUUA